AUGUCCGUCCCGUCCAUGAGACACCAAAUUGCGAUCACCGCCAUACUUUGUGACUACGAAUUUCUUUUCUGGUCGCUGAAGCCUCCUCCCCGCGAGUCCUUCUUCGAGGCUGCUAAACAGAGCAGAAACCCGUUCUACCUCAAAUACCUAGAGGAAUUUGUCAAGGAGCGUUCCAUUGGAAGCAACGAAAUCUCAGAGUUCAACCCUUACGAUACCACCGUGGAAGCAAACUCUCCUGGUAUCUAUGGGGGCCUGCCGGUUCAAGCGGGAGUUGUGGAGAAAUACAUGUGGCUGUCAACUGAAACUGCGCAGAAGAUUAAAGAAGACUGGUGGGAAUACAACGGAAUCUACGAUGGCAGCGCGGAUACUGAUCUCUUGCAUAGUGAUGAUGACGAUUCGGAUAAUGAACUUUGGCUGAAACUUUCACGUCCUCCAAUGCGUAUGACGUCCUUCGAAAUGAAAGAGGACGCAAGUUAG